CUACGCCAGGUCGACGUGCACCAGACCACUAGGCGAUGAAUGGCGGAAUGCAUUGCCCAGGUAUGGACGAAUCUUCAUCUUAGCUUGGACACACACCUCGCACUUGUGCUGCUCUCCUUCAUCCUUCUUGCCUUUCUUGACAACAGGUGCGUUGCGGCAGACCUCAGGAAGUCGGUCGACGGCUGCGUCGUGGUAGUGGAGGAAGCGAUGAUGGGCAAGUUCCUCACUGGUGACGUCGGCCACCAUUGCUCCUGUUUGCUCGCCACCUUCAUCAGCAGGUAAACAGUGAAAUACGCCAUCACCACCACGCGGGUCGAUGAUGCUUGCUGUUGCUGUUGGUGUCUUGUGCUCUAUCGCCGGUAGGGCACGUGGCUGUGAGUAGAUGGGGCAGUCGUUGGCAUCCCUGUAGAUGUCCAGGUAUCAGAAACGACCACGUCUGACAAGCGGGUAGCGGUCUCCUCUCCUUGUUGCGGCCAUGUGAGCUGCACAGGGGCCAAUGACAAACUCGAUGCAAUAUUGAUCCACCAGGUGAGCGACGAGAAGAGGUCGAACUUCAGAUCAGGCACAUACAGCACACCAUCCACACACACGGUCUUCUUGCCGUUGUUGACCUCUUUGCAGGUGUACUUGAUGCGGCCGACUCCUCUGGCUGGUACAGAUGUGCCAUCGGCCAUGACGGUCUUGAUGUGUCGGUCGAGUGGCUUGAUUUCGUCGAAGAGAAACUGCUGGUGGCAGCAUGUCUUGCCGGCUCCUGAAUCGAUCAUCAUGGAGGUAGGUCUCACAGACACACCACUGACGUUGACCACCUCUUCCUCGCACUCAACGGCCGUAACGGUCCCACCAUUUCCAUGUCGGUUGCUCUCUGCUCGCAGGUGUCGUCGAUCUGAUCACACCCGUCGAGUUGAUUCGUGUGGACACGCCGAUUGCGGUUGUUCGUGCCGUUCGUGCGCGUCGUAUUCAUGAUGACAUCUCCGUCCUUGUCGUGACGGACGAUGGGCUGCUGCUGGCGUCCACCGUUGCCCCCUUGCUCCAUCGCCACUUGGGUAGGCGCGGAAAGGCGCCCCUGAUGAGUUCCACUGAUUGCCGUUCCUUCUGUUAUUGUUGUUGUGGUUGUUGCCGUAGGUCUGGCCGUUGCCGUUUGGUUGGCGUCGCCACUCGUAGCGGUUGUCACGGUUGUCUCGGUAAGGCCGUUCGUUGCUCUUGUUGCCUCCUUGAUACGUGUCAGGUCGAUUGCCGUUAUGUGGCUGAUCUUGUUGGCGUCCGUUUUGGUUGCCCUUCUGUCGAAUGCGGUCACGCUGCUGGCUCAUCCUUCUCGCAUGCCGCAUGCGGUCGUUGGCAUUGCGGAGGGCUUCCUCGAAUUGCUCCCAUGUGAGGUCGUUGAAGCGGUAGUCCAAGGAGCUCUUGAAGCGCUCGAAUCGAGGAGGUAGGGCAUUGACCAUGACGGCUAUCUUGGUGUUGUCAGUUGGUUUCUCUCCCAUGUCGCUCAAGUGUUUCGCCAGGAAGUUGAAGUCGGUGAGAGCAUCGUCGAUGUCGUCCUUCUCCAUCUGGUACUGGAAGUAGUUGCAGAGGAUCUCAUGCCGACAGACGACUCGCUCAGGUAUGCACCACUUGCGCAGCUCCCAAUAGGCUCGUGCACCAUUCUCGCCAUACUUGUCGAAUGACUCCUGGAUGAUCCGUUUCGCCUUGCCUUCUGUGUGCAGGACGAGGAAGCCGAAGAGCUGUCGCAGCACACUCCUCUCCUUCGUUCGCUGCUCGUCAAGGUCUCCAUCCUCAUUCGGGACAGGUAACCGAGGAAUGUCUUCUUCCUUCUCAGGCAU